GCGCCGAGUGGGAGCGCCAGCGCGAGCGCCAGCGCGGCUGCAGCGGGCGGCAUGGCGAACACGGCCUCGGAGAUCAUCGCCUUCAUGGUUUCCAUCUCGGGCUGGGUGCUGGUGUCGUCCACGCUGCCCACCGACUACUGGAAGGUGUCCACCAUCGACGGCACGGUCAUCACCACCGCCACCUAUUGGGCCAACCUGUGGAAGACGUGCGUGACCGACUCCACGGGCGUCUCCAACUGCAAGGACUUCCCCUCCAUGCUGGCGCUGGACGGUUAUAUCCAGGCAUGUAGAGGACUUAUGAUUGCCGCUGUCAGUCUGGGCUUUUUUGGUUCCAUAUUUGCCCUGUUUGGAAUGAAGUGUACCAAAGUCGGAGGCUCAGAUAAAGCCAAAGCUAAAAUUGCUUGUUUGGCUGGGAUUGUAUUCAUACUGUCAGGGUUGUGCUCAAUGACCGGUUGUUCCCUCUACGCAAACAAAAUCACAACGGAAUUCUUUGAUCCUCUCUACGUUGAGCAGAAGUAUGAAUUAGGAGCCGCUCUGUUUAUUGGAUGGGCGGGAGCCUCACUCUGCAUAAUUGGCGGUGUCAUAUUUUGCUUUUCAAUAUCUGACAACAACAAAACACCCAGAAUGGGAUACGCAUACAACGGGGCCACAUCUGUCAUGUCUUCUCGGACAAAGCAUCCUGGGGCAGGAGGAGAUCUUAAAGCCACAAACCCUUCAAAACAGUUUGAUAAAAAUGCUUAUGUCUGAAAAGAAAACGUCCACGAGCUGUCCUACUAUAAAAGUGAACUGUUCACACGCAAGUGAUCCCCUCAAAGCCCUCCUGUAAUUCACGCUCAAACUAUUUUUAAAACAUGAAUUUGGAGAAUUUGCUGAUUGUAUGGAUGUAAAUGUUCUGACACAGUUAUAUACUAAUCAUUUUCUGUCGUGGCUUUCUAUAAAAAAAUAAACAGGUUAUUUACAGGA